AUGGCAUUCAACUUGGACUCGAGGCCGUCGCUCCUGGGUGAGUGCGUGGUGUACCUCGGUGUUUUUAACUACUUCUUCGCCGUGGACGAAUCAACGCCGAUCGUCUCGAAGAUCGGCACUGAAAUUGGCCGUCUACAGCUCCGCAUCACUCCAUACGACGAGUUCGUGCCAUACAUGCGUGCAGAUGUAGACAAUCCCGAGCAGCAGAUCCACGAGUUUAUGGACCGCUUCGUGCAGUUUCGUGUGCAGCUCAGCGGACUGAGCCAGCUCAUACCGCUGCGAUUCUCGCACGUGUCAGUGCGAUACACCUUCUUUCGUGAGACCAACACGCAGACGCCGCGAUUCCGCGUCGACCCGGAAGGUGAUUCAGUCUCGCUUAACCUCGAAUUUCGGCACAGUGUGAAUGUCAGCGAUGCUCUGGUCAAGUAUGUGACCAGCAGUAACCUCUCCAUCGAGGUGUGCGCUCAAUCUGUAGGUUUCCGAUUGUCUCGGUACUGA